UCAGCAUGCCAUUUGCACUUCCCGCGUACAGACGACAAAGAGGAGAGGCUCGCGCGUAAAAGAAGAACUCGAGGAAGCAGAAUGGACCUCAGAGAAUUUCAGUCACUUCCUUCGCUUGAGGGUCUUCCAAGCGGAGAACACGCUCAACGGCCAUCACUUAUCAUCAUAGGCGUCGCCACCGUCGUAGUAACCAUCGUGCUCAUCAUCAUCGUGUCCCUGGUGACGCCCUUCCGCACCGGCUACGACAGCGCCGCAGGUUUCAGAUAUCCGAGGCUCACAAUGGCCCCAGGCAACAGCACAGAAACGCGCGCAAGGGAUGAUGUUUCCCUGACCAAGUUCCAAGGACCGCCCGAAAGUGACGUGACGACUUCUCCGGACACAUGACGAUGACUUCCCAUUUUAGAUGUCGCAAUUUUCUUUUUUUCAGUUUCAUCGUCUAUGCUACGAACAUACAACAUUAACUACUGAGAUGUAUCUAGCCUGGAAAAAAUCAUUUUGUACUAAUCCUCGCAUUGAGCCACAUCGCGAGUGCCAUUAUACGAGAUGCAUGGGUUUAGCCUCUAUAGGGUAGGGGAGGGGAGGCUUAGCCCGCGCGAAUAAAGCUAGCAACCGGA